AUGGUACAAGAAGACGAAGACUUUAAUGAUGAAGUAGAUGGUGUAAUAGCUGAAGACAAUGAAAAUUACGAGGUAGCAGGAAGCGAAGAAGAUGAUGACGAUGUAGUAGUGUAUCCUUCAUUGAGCUGUUUGAUUUUCAAAAACAUCGGUUGCAACAGUCAAUGUGAAGUGAUCAGCGACGCCUUUGGCACAAAAUCCACUGGAAUUUGUAACGACGGAAAUAUUUGCGAAUGCAACGCCGAAAAAGGAAUGUCUUUCGACGACGAAGACGCUGGUAAAUUCAUCAAGAAUGGUAAACCAAACUUCACCGCUAUAAAAAAACACGUUUCCGACAAAGUAUCCGAAACUCUGAAAUCCUCCGAUAUCAAAAACUUAUCAGUCCUGAAAUAUAGACCAAUUUUACUCGAUGUUCUCAAAGAAGUCAAAGACGAUUCCGAUGCUUUUGACCAACUAGCACUUGACAUUCGUCGCACCAAAAAUAAAUCUUUGGGUGAUGUUCUAAACCAGUAUUUGAAAAAAAAUAAACUCAAAGAACCAAUGGAAAACACACAGAACCAACACAGUGUAGCUGAUAUCAUGGCAUACUACGUAGUUGACGAAUUAGUCAAGAAAGUCGACGAGAUGAAUUCCACCAAAAGAUUUAACACAUCUACCAGAAAACCUGCCAUGAAAAAUGGAAAAACUCCACCCAAAAAAGUAGUCAAUGAUGAAGGAAAUCCUCCAUCUGAGGAAGCAAGUAAGACACCUGCCAACAAAACAGGUAAUCCUUCCUCAAUGAAAGAUCGUUUCACGCUCGAAGACUUCGACCAAAGUCAACUGAAAGGGUCUGAUUCACUGGAUAAAAACUGGACAGGAGAUGGAUACAACGUAAGCUAUCAAAGAAGUGGCGAAGGUGACAUAAAUUUAAACUGGACCAAAGGCCAGGACCAAGUGACUAUACAAAGGAGUGCCACAAAAGACCUCAAUCAGACUUGGAACUUCCAAAACGAAAACGUUAGCGUGACUAUAUCUAAAACUACAGGCGGUGAUAUCAAUGAAAGCUGGAAUUUUGGUACGUUGAAAUACAAAUGUUUUAAAUCCGGCGGCAGAUUUCCCAGCGCUGGUUGGAGCAGUGGUAAUCGUAAAUCAAAUGAUGAAAUGUUAAGACAGUAUCAUCGAUAUAUUGAUUCUUGGUGUGAUGCUAACAAUUUCCUCAUCAAACGAGAAUAUUGCGUCAUUUAUAAUAAAUGAUUGCAUAAGCAUUAAUCAUUAAAUUGUUACCUAUCCAUUUCAAGAUGAAACUUGUAAAAAAUAUUAGAUACCUACCUAGAUUCUGAUAAAACCAUAAGUAUUCAA